ACUGCAUGUCCUGCUUCGCGCCGCCUUGAGUGUAAUGACGCAGGAGCCAUUUGCGAUUACAAAGCCGCAUUCGCAGCCGAUCACAUCUUCCACAUACGCACGACCUUCGUCAAGAGCCUGCUUACCGUGCAGCAUCCUUUGUCUCAAUGUGCUUCUUCCGUAAGCUUGCCUUGCGCUGCGUGGCUGCUCGCAUGAAGCGUUGAUGGUAUUGCCUCAGUGGCUCGAUUCGCUGCCCGUUGCUGCAGUCAGCCUUGUCCCGCCCGGCCCGUGCUGAGAGAUCUCCAUGAUGAUAAUCGAUAUCGAAAGCAGAUAGCCUAAGCAUACUCUUGAGAGGCCCAGAUAGUAAGGGCGUAUAUCUGAAGCUUCUGAACUAGGUUUGAAGCACAGUACAGCUUAUCAUCGCACAAUGGAUCGAUCGUCAAAGCCCACCUUCAGCUUCGUGAACCUCAAGCACCCGGAUGACCUGAAGGAUGAAGAGACACAGCUUCGCAUACGGCGACUGGCAAUGACAGAAGUUGGCAAAGCGCGACGCAAACCAAGGACCAAACGUGAACGAAACGAGGUCGUCCUGGAGCUUCGCAAUGCCACACAAAGACAGCCUAAUAUCGAUCGUUUAGGUAGUGGAAGUAUUGAUCCUUUCAGUCACUAUCCAAUCGAACUUGACGACAAUGCUCGAGUUUUACUCGCAAAUAUUUUCAAUCCCGAAAGUCGCCAUGCGAGCCAAUUGAGAGGAUCGUGGUUUCCAGUUGGACUUGACAGCCCAGCAGCUUUUCACCAUGCGUUAGCAAAUUCGCAGAACUUCAUCUUCCAGAAGAUGUACGGAUACUUCCCCUCACAGGACAACGCGCAGGCCUUAAUUCACCACCAAAAGGCGCUUCGUUUUGCGAGGGAGUUGUUGAGUGACUCGACUAAACACACGAGCAACAAGGCUCUCGGCACAAUCGUAUCAUUCAUCUGCCAUCAUGUAAGUACAGCUUCCGAGGAUGGUGACCAGGGCUUACAGGCUCAGGCUCUAUUGGGCAGUUUUGGUGGUGGUGAGUGGAAGCAGCAUCAUAAUGCUUUGUUGGAAAUUAUUGAUCUGAGAGGUGGUUACAAUACCAUCGACCAGGAAUAUCUUCGAAUUACAAUAUCAUGGGGCGAUCUCAUGGGUUCGUUCGCACAAGACAUACCGCCUUCGGUGCCACUACCUCGCAAAUGGGAAGCCGACUCUAGAUCGUCACCUGGAUCUCCUCGACCGCACAGCUCCAUAUCGCUUGUAUGGAAGCAACAACUACCCAUGCAGCUUGAUUGGGUGACGAUUUUUGACGACGUUGUGCAUUUGAUAUCACUAGAUCGUGCUUUCAACGAGCAGCAGCUGGAGUUAGCGGUCACAAGUGGUAGUUGGGUUGAGCCAACCAUGUACCGCUUGCUUGCCAUUCGACCACUACUGCUCGGCAACGACCGCAAGAAUGUACUCGAAGAGGUGUGCCGACUCGGUACCCUACUAUUCUUGGCUCCUUGCUGGCGGACCCUGGGGCAGUCUCCUGUGUGGACUGCGGCGAUUUCUCGAAACCUUCAACUCGUGCUCUUGCAGUUCAAGACGGAAUGGAAUGAGCUCAAGCCACUUCUCGUUUGGACACUCUACUUUGCCGCAGUCGAGACAAGCGACUUGGCGGAACGCAGUCAAUUCGUCUUCAUGUUGGCGAUGGUUGUGAGGAAUAUGCAACUUCGUAGCUGGAGCGAAGUGCUGAAUGCUGUCAAGGGUGUGUUGUGGGUGGACAAAGUUUCUGCUGGCAGCGACGAGCUGAUUCGAGAUGAGGUAAUGCAGAUUGUAAAUCACAGACUCGUGAUGCCAACUUUGGAGGAAGAACCAACUGCUAUUUUCGAGAGUCUUGGCGAAACAAUAGAAGGCGCGUAAGCCGCUUUCGGCAAGUCGUGAUCCUUGUUCAUGCAUAUAUCUUGUAUCC